GGCGGAAGUUACCAAUAGGUUGCUGUCGCAUAGUAAAUCUGAAAUUGAAUCUGUGUGCAAAAAAUGUGUAAAGUCCAAAUGUUGAGAGUGUUAAUGGAGCAGAGACUAAAUGCCGCCGUUGAAGAUAUAUUCGGACUGAUUGAAAGAACCAUAGCAGAGUAUGAAGAGGAACUUUGUAGAACAAAAGAGGAAAAGGAGCGACAACGCGAACAGCUGAACGCUGUUUUGAACAACAAUGGCGGCUUACACAGAGCAGACAUCCAGCAGGUGUUGGUGGAGCGUGAAGAAGAGGUUCCCUCAAAGCAGCAGGAGUGGAGCUCCAGUGUGGGACAGGAGGAGCUGGAGCCAGGUCCACCCCACAUUAAAGAAGAAGAGGAACAGCUUCAAGGGUUGGAGGAGCAUGGCAUCGCUACAUUUCCAUUGACUGGUGUCCUUGUAAAGAGUGAAGGCGAUGAGGAGGCUCAGUCCUCAGAGCUUCAUCACAGUCAAGGUGAGGAGAACAUAGGGGCGGAACCUUUAACUCCAUACAUGACAACAGAAGAUGAUGGAGAGCAUUGUGGAGGACCACAAGCAGACAGCAACUUUGCUCCUCUGUCAGAUAUGAACGACAAGAUGUCACAUUUUUCUGAGACUGAUGACGAAUACUCGAAAGAUGACAUGAGGCAGCAUGCUGACAGGAAACACUUCAACUGCUCUCAAUGUGAGCGGACUUUUAACCGUAAGGAAAGUCUGAAAAGACACAUGGUAACGCACACUGGAGAAAGACCUUUUACUUGUUCUGUUUGUGCGAGAAGCUUUUCUUUGAGGCAAUAUUUGGAAAGACACACAAUGAUUCACAAGGGGGAGACUCCCUUUUCAUGUUCAGUUUGCCCUAAAAGAUUCAGAGAUAAGUUCAAAUUGAUAGUCCACGUGAGAAAACACGCUGGAGAGAAACAAUUAUCCUCCAGCAGCUCAACUCAACACAUGACAACAGAAAGUGAUGGAGAGCACUGUGCAGGAUCACAUACAAACAAAAACUGUGCUCCACUGUCAGAUAUGAACGACAUGUCACACUCUUCUGAGACCGAUCAAAGUGAAGAGGAUCUAGAACCUUUGCAGAGUUAUGAGGACUCAAACGGUGAUAUGAGACAGCACACUGACGACAAACUCCUAAACUGUUUUCAGUGCACGAAAACAUUUGACAAAAGGUGGAAAUGGAAAAGACACAUGAAAUGUCACACAGCAAAGAAACCCUUCAGCUGCUCAGUGUGUGCCAAAGGAUUCAUUCAAAAGUCAGACAUGACCAUACACAUGGCAGUGCACACGGGAGAGAAACCAUUUAACUGUGCCAUUUGCGCUAAAAGCUUUGCCGCAAAGAAAUACAUGGCAAUACACAUGAGGACACACACUGGAGAGAGACCUUAUGCUUGCUCAGUGUGUGCCAAAAAGUUCACCACAAAGCCACAAAUGGACAGACACAUGAUGAGAAUACACCCUUUCAGCUGCAACAUGUGUAAGAAAUGAUGACAACUGUGGUGUCCUGAUACAACUUUUUCACUUCCGAUAUUGCGGCCUUAAAUAUUGUCCGAUACAAAUAUUUUGCCGAUAUUAAGACAAGUCAUACAUGCUAUUUAUUUUGUAGUGUGGAAUGUAGCGUUGAAAGGCUUGUGAAGGGAUAUUACUCAGAUUACAAUAGUCAGCAACAGAGGAAAACCCAUUUUCUUACAUGGUAGUUGUAGCCACAAUGCAACUAAGCAUCAUAUAGCAAGGUUCGAGAUGCUCAAUAAAGCUUUAAACCUGACAUUACUCAUCACAGACAGAGUCUGUCUAUUAUAGCUAAGGAGUUUCCCAUGUGUUUGCCACUUCAUAUGCACAGAAGGUUGGAACUUCCCCAGUUCUGUGCUGUGUCAUCACGGGAAACUUGUGCAUGACAGAUUUUGCACUCAGCUGCAAGAUCUCUUCACUGUCACGUGACUGACACCACUCCUGCUACUUCCUACGUUGUUAGCAUGCCAGCAAAUACUAUUGUGAUCACGUGCUUGGGCGGUAUUUGAAAUCGGCAUACAAGGAAAUACAGCUAGCAUAGGUGCAGAUUCUGUAAGAUCUAGAAAGCUUUCUGUGCUGGUUAUUGUGUGUAGGUGCUCGAUAACUGUGGACAACCACAUGGAUGAAGGUAAAGAGUCCCGUCUUAUGUAUUUCACUUAUCCUGUUUGGCAACUUAAUCAUGCAAUAUGGGUGGACUGUAGACACAUCCUGACAUAUUUCAGGAGCCAUUCAAAGUCACUGUAUGGAUUUAUUUGAAAAAUGAAUGCAGUUAGAUGACCCCAGCAAUGGCAUUGAUGACGUUGCUUAUUGUGGAAUGUAAAUAAAAACAUGUUUCACUUGUAUAAUGUUAAAACUGUGUACUACACCCCUAAUAGUACAGUUGUCUACUUUUGAUUGUGUGGAGUUCAAUUGAACUCGUAUGUCCAAGCUGUGUGGCCUGCACGCUAACCACUUGUCCGCAGUGCAGCCUACAGGAUAUUGUAUAUAAGCCUCAUGAGAUCUUGACUGACAAU